GGCAAAAGGAAGGAGAAGGAUGAACCCUGCCUGGAGGCAAACCAACUAACACCCGCGUAGUACCAAUGCCAGCUCUUCCAACACUUCCAGUGUAUGCUCCCACCAAUCGCCCUCGGCCCAGAUGAAUUCGCCCAAGACGUUAGCCUUGGCGAGAAACUUCUCAAAAUCCUCGGGCCGCGAGAAGUCGAACUCGACCUUGUCGCGCCCCAUGAAGCUGGCCGGCCCGUCGUCGGGGGCUCCGUAGACGAAGCGCGCGUGAUGGCCGCGGACCAGCAGCCCGCCCAUGGGCACCUCCACCAGCUCGGGCUGAACUGCCCGCAUCUCCCGCCACAGCUCGUUGAAGGCCACAAGCGCCGGUCCCCACUCCUCGCCAUCCCGAAGCCGCCUGAUCGUCAUCCGAUCGGCGGGCAGCUCUGGUGUGGAGGUUGCAAACAUGAUGUUGGAAGUGUUGAAGGUUAUCCUGGUGGACGGGGAGCACUGACAAGUUCGGGGAUGGUGAAGAGGAGAGUGACAGGUGAUGGUGAGGGCAUUGGGCGGUAUUUAUAG